AAUCACAACGAUGAUAUUUAGAAUCCUGUCCUAAUUGAUAUCUCUGUGCAUAGAAGCAUAGAUGCCUAGCCGGGAAAACUCAUUGAUGUAUCUUCACCUUCUCAUCCUGGUGAUUAUUUCUCCCCUGUUCUUCAGCUGCAUCGUCGUGUUUGCAGAAACCAACACUCUGAAUCAAUCCGACUCACUCAACUUCACCGGUCGCUUGGUUUCCAACAACCAGAAUUUCACCCUAGAAUUCGUCAAACCUAUUCCCUUCAGCAACAACACUUACUUGGCCAUCUGGAAUUCGUACGAAUCAUCCUCGUACCCUGUUUGGCUAGCCAACAGAGACAACCCAAUCACUGACGGUUCUGCAACUCUCUUCAUCGACAACACCGGAAAGUUUGUGAUCAAUCAGACUCAUGGUGACCCAAUUCAAUUGUGCCCUGGCGAAGCCGCGACCAACAGCACCACCAACACAAAGGCUGUGUUGCUCGACAAUGGAAAUCUUGUACUGACAGAAGUGAAUUCCGAUGGAUCUGUCGGGAGAACCUUGUGGCAGAGCUUUGACUGUCCCACUGACCAUCUGUUACCUGGCAUGAAACUAGGGAUCAAUCACAGAACAGGAAGAAAUUGGUCUCUCACUUCAUGGCUGGCCUAUGAUGAUCCAUCUCCAGGAGCUUUCACACUCGAAUGGGACCCUCAUGGCUUAGAGUUAGUUCUUCGGCGAAGAGGGGUUGUUUUCUGGACCAGUGGUGGAACAACCUUGGGAAACAUAGAACAAUUGUCCCAUAAAAUACAAUCUUAUGAAAUGUCAUAUACCAAAACUUCAGAUGAAGAGUUCUUCAAUUAUUCACUGAAACAAGACCCUAUGGAUCCUGGGAUUCAUGAAAGCAUAGAAUGGAUCUUAGAUUACGAAGGUAGUAUUUGGUUUAACAACGAGGAAGUGGCAUUACAGGAUUAUUGUUAUGGGUACGAGGAAGAUGUGGGAUGUGCAAAAUGGGAACAGCUAGAGUGUAGGAGUGAGAAUACGAGAUUUGAGCUAUUGUCUGGGUACUUUGUGAGUAAGAGAAAUGGAAAAUUCAUUGAUGGUGAGAGUGAAAGCAUUGGGCCUGCUGAUUGUAGAGCUAGUUGUUGGAAUGACUGUAAUUGUCAAGCAUAUCUCAAGAGCCGCAGCGUAGGUUGUGUCACAUAUCAUCAAGAAGCAGAGUUCCAACUAGACCCAUCUGGGAAUUCGCAACAACAUUUUGUUAUCCAACAAUCACAAAACAAAGGAAGGGACACAAAGAAAAGGAUUGCAAUUUCAGUUCCGAUUUCAUUGUUGUCAGUGUCUGUCAUUGUCAUUAUCUUGUAUCGGAGAUGGAAAACAAAAGGGAGAAAAGAAGACCAUCUACAUCAAUCGGAAACAACAAGCAGUAAUUUGCACGAUCCAAAUGAGCUUGGAUACGAUGAUGGCUUUUCUCAACAUUUGAAAAUGUUUACCUUUGUCUCUAUUGUUGAAGCUACAGAUGACUUUUCUGUACAAAAUAAGCUUGGAGAAGGUGGUUUUGGCCCAGUUUAUAAGGGAAAACUACCUGAAGGGGUAGAAAUUGCAGUGAAAAGGCUAUCAAGGAGUUCAGGACAAGGAUUGGUGGAGUUUAAGAAUGAAUUGAUACUCAUAGCAAAACUACAACACAAGAAUCUAGUACGUUUACUUGGAUGCUGCAUGCAAUCUGAGGAAAAGAUGUUAGUUUAUGAAUACAUGCCCAAUAAAAGUCUAGACUCCUUUCUCUUUGAUGCAUCCAAGAGGGCGGCAUUAAAUUGGAAAAUUAGAGUGAUGAUUAUUGAAGGGAUUUCACAAGGACUUCUUUACCUUCAUCAACAUUCAAGAUUAAGAAUCAUACACAGAGAUUUGAAAACCAGUAACAUAUUACUUGAUAUAGACAUGAAUCCUAAAAUUUCUGAUUUUGGAAUGGCAAGAAUUUUCAAGGAGAAUGAGUUCAUAGCCAAGACGAACAGAAUUGUUGGGACAUAUGGAUACAUGUCUCCCGAGUAUGCAAUGGAUGGAAUAUUCUCUAUAAAAUCAGAUGUUUUUAGUCUUGGAGUCAUAAUUCUUGAAAUUUUAAGUGGCAAGAGGAACAGCAGCUUUUAUGAAGUCAAUAAACCCUUGAAUCUAAUACAAUAUGCUUGGGAUUUAUGGCAAAAUGGAGUUGGUUUAGAAUUGAUGGAUCCAAUACUAAGCAAGUCAUGUUCGAAUCAACAAUUUCUUAGAUUUAUUCAAAUAAGUCUUUUGUGUGUAGAAGAAUCUCCAGCAAAUAGACCAACUACAUCAGAAGUCAUUUCUAUGAUCACAAAUGAAAGAACCCUUUUGCCUAUUGUGAAGAAACCUGCAUUUACAAAUUUAGACUGUAUCACCAAUGUAGAUGGUGAAAGAAAUGACUUUGAAUACCGUUCAGCCAUGAACAAUCUUUCUAUAUCUACAAUGAAUGGAAGAUAGAGGGGCAAGAUGAACAACUACUUGCAGAAUCUCCAAGAAACAUCUUAAUCUCACAAAAUUACACUUCAACGCCUGUAAACAACCUGUAGAAUUGUUUGUGUUAUAUUUUUUGAGACCGGUAAAAGCUUGAAAUUACAGUUAAACGUCUCGUAUUUUAAUGGUCUCUGUCUAUUUGC